ACACUCGAAAGCAUCAUACACUGAAAGAGAAACAAAAUGAUUACAAACAAAUCAACAAAUGAUGAGCUACACAUCGUUAUGUUUCCACAUUUUGCAUUCGGUCACAUAGCUCCAUUUAUUCAGCUCUCUAACAAGCUUUCGGUUCAUGGAAUUCGAGUUUCUUUCCUUUCAUCUCCGGGUAACAUUCCGCGUAUUCAAUCAUCUCUUCUUCCCCACAUUCAAAUCAUUCCCGUUUCCAUUCCUUCUGUAGACGGUCUCCCACCAGAUCUUGAAAACACUUCGAAAAUGACACCAGCUAUGGCGGAACUUCUCACGAAAGCCGUUGAUCUCAUGCAACCACAAAUUAAAAUCCUUUUAUCGAAACUAAAUCCACAUUUUGUUUUUUUGGAUUUUUCGCAGCAUUGGCUUCCGAAACUCUCUUCGGAACUCGGCAUUAAAAGCGCCUGGUUCUCGGUUUUCUCCGCUAUUUCGGGCGCUUAUCUCACCGUCCCUGCAAGAUCAGCUAACGGUAACAUUCCGACUGUUGAUGAGCUUUUGACCCCGCCGAAAGGAUUUCCCUCUACUGCAGUUACUUCUGUAAAAGCUUUUCAGGCUACAGAUUUUUCUUACAUAUAUAAAAGCUUCCACGAUAACCCUAGUGUGUUUAACAGGCUUCUCGAGUGUGUCAAUAGCUGUAACGCCGUCAUAAUCAAAACCUGCAAUGAAAUGGAAGGACCUUACAUAGAUUUCAUGAAAAGCCAGCUUAAAAAACCCAUUCUGUUAUCUGGUCCGUUAGUUCCCGAGUCACCAUCCGGCGAGUUAGACGAGAAAUGGGAGAAAUGGCUGAGUCAAUUCCCUUCAAAAUCUGUCAUAUUUUGCUCAUUCGGCAGUGAAACAUUCUUGACUCACGAUCAAAUUCACCAGCUCUCACUCGGCUUAGAACUCACAGGGUUACCAUUUCUUCUCGUUUUAAAUUUCACAUCUGAUGAAACCGAUCCACAAACCCAACUGCAGAGAGCUUUACCAGAAGGAUUCAUGAAAAGGGUAGAAAACAGAGGAAUAAUACACUCAGGAUGGGUGCAACAGCCACUAAUAUUGGCACACGAUAGCGUAGGAUGCUAUCUGAAUCACUCGGGAUUCAGUUCUUUGAUUGAAGCUACGAUGAACGACUGUCAACUGGUAAUGCUUCCUUUUAAAGGUGACCAGUUCUUGAACUCCAAGCUUUUGGCUAUGGAGUUGAAGGCUGGGGUGGAGGUAAAUAGGAGAAAUGAAGAUGGGUAUUUUGGUAAAGAGGAUAUUAAUGAGGCUGUUAGAAAAGUAAUGGUGGACGUUGAGAAGGACACGUGUAAGGCUAUAAGGGAGAAUCAUAGCAAGUGGAGGGAUUUUCUGUUAAAUGAAGAUAUUCAAAAUAAAUUUAUUGCAGAUUUGGCUGAGGAAUUGAAGGCUCUAGUUUAGGAGAAUUGACUAAUAAAUUUAUUGCCGAUGUUUUUUUUUAAUUAUGCAAAAUAAUACAAUUGCAAGCUACCUAUCUAGGACUUAUGUAUCAAUUUAAUCUUUUGUACUUGUACUAGCUCAUGUUCAAUUAGUAUUAAAAUAAUACUUAUCUUUUAAA